CCUCAACCAGCGAUAUGACGUCCACACGUGACACCGACGAAGGCGCCAUGUUGCACCUGCUCGAGGCUUUAUCGGUGCCUACAAGCGCCGAGCCAAACGCAGCGUUCACGCACCAGAGCAUCCGCAAGAACUUCUUGCAGCAAAUGGAUGUACUCGAAUUUCACCCGACGCCAAGGCCGACACCUCCUAUGCGAAAGAAGAAGCCAGAGGAACAGCCGUCCGCUGCAUCGAACAAGCCCGUGAUGAGCUGAAAGCACCGGAAAGAGGAACUACUGAGUCUACGAGCGGAGACGGUGGCGCUCCAGUCCCAACUAGAGACGUUGAAGCGGAGAAGGAGCCGCGGCAUGGCACUCCGUGCCUUCCUGGACUUCCCGGAAGGCCGCAAGUUGCACUCUGUAAGCAAAGACCCGAUUCUGGCAAAACGUCGCCGAGGGCGAGAAACGUCGAUAUGAGGCGACUAAGGGCGAGAAUGGACGGCUGAAGGCGUAGUUGCAAACCAACAAGAAGGCGUUCAAGGAUGUCAAGACGUGUUU